AUGUCGACGAGGCGCGCACAAUCGAUGCCGGCACACAUGGUGGAGCCAGCGAAGCCGCAGCGAGGACGCUGUGUGGCUGCCAUCUGUUUCUCGUGGAAGGUGCUCACCUGCAUCGUUUCGCAUGUGUUGCUCGUGGCGCUUGUGGUCUCCUAUUGUGUGGGCGGUGCCUACUUGUUCCAACAUCUCGAGCGACCCCACGAGAUUGAGGUCAAGCGAGACAUUCAAAAUCUGCGCUUCAAUCUGACCGAACGCAUUUGGCUGCUCUCCGAUGAUGCUCUGGUGCUGCGGGAGAACGAUUGGAUGGCGAAUGUGAGCAAACAUUUGGCCAACUUUGAGAAGCAAAUAUUGACUGCCAUCAAGGCCGAUGGCUGGGAUGGCGACGAGGAUGUUCGCAAAUCCCAGUGGACCUUUGCCGGCUCACUAUUCUACUCGAUCAUCGUGAUAACCACAAUCGGCUAUGGCCACAUAUCACCGCGCACGGACUGGGGCAAGGUGACAACGAUCUUUUAUGCUAUCGUUGGCAUUCCGCUGAUGCUGCUCUGUCUAUCAAACAUUGGAGAUGUGAUGGCCACAUCGUUUCGUUUCCUGUACUGGCGCAUCUGCUGCUAUGUGUGCACCCGAUCCGCGAAGCGUCCGCGGAAUACCCGCUCCCGCCAGAGAUCGAUGCGCAUGCGUCCGCAGCGGGUGACGUCACGUUCGCAACCACCUCCUUCGUUCCGCCGCUCCAUGAAGGUGACGCAGCGUUCGAACAAUGAUUCCGGAUUGGGUCCGUCGAUGGGUCACGCCUACUCUGAUCCAGAGCUGCGCACCUAUGGUCGUGGUUAUGACGAUCGCGAACGCGAUCGUGAAUUCGGUGGGCAUAGGGGUAAGGGAGGAGGAAGAGGAGCAGAUGGCGGACGCUCGCGUCACCAACAGCCGUAUCAUGUGCCGCUGCAGCAUGAGCCUCGCCAGCGUCACACUGUCUAUGGUGAUUCGGAGUAUGAGGGCCAAACGAUGAAUCGCGCCAAUCGCUACAGCAGUCGACAGCGACAGCGGGACAGAAUGCGAGAUCGUCAUACGGUGGAGCGCGAACGUUACGUGGGUCACUCCAAGUCACACAUGCAUGGCUCCAUUGAUGAUUUCAGUGAUAUGCAGCCACCGGCCAAGCGGGCAGCCAGCGUGAGAUCGGUGCGAUCCCCGCAGCGUCAGGAGACGCGUGCCUCACGCGAAUUACUUCGUCUGCAGUCCCAUCCUGGUCGUGGGCGCGCCAAGUCUGUGGAUCCACGGCAUGGUCCGCAGUCCUCGCACUACGAGGAUGUGGAUGAGGAUGUGGUGCGCAAGACGCCCAUUAUACCCAAUCGUUAUGUACUGGAUGAUGAUGAGGAUUUCGCCAGCAGUGGGCACAAGGCACGGAAUGCUCCGCGUAGCCAAUCUAUGCCAAGAUCAGCGCAUCGUCAGCGUCAGCGUCAAAGGGAACUGGAACGCGAGCGUUCCCCGCAGCCACAGCAGAAUCAUCAUCAUCACCAUCACCCUCAUCAGCAGCAGCAUCAACAGCUGCAGCAGCAGCAUCGUCAGCAACGCCCCAAUGUACGACGUGCUGGCAGCCUGGGACGUCAAUCCUCGCGCUAUGGCAAUCAUCUGGAGCCACCGGACUAUGAUGGAGCACCGCAGCCGCAACGGAAUCGACGCGGACGUUCGCCACGCUAUGAUGACUACGUGGAGGAGAGCUUCGAUGAGUUGUCCCUCUGCGAGGACAACGAUCACUACGAGGAUUAUCCAGUGCGUCGAAGUUCACGCAAUCGGGAGCCAAAACGCGAGCGGAGACGGGAACCACGUCGCCUACCACCCUCACCUCGUAUUAUGUCGCCAAUGGGUUUUCCGGUGCAGCGACAGAUUCGUCGGCGGCCCAGUUAUGAUUAUGAUGAUGACGAUUCCAUGUAUGGGGAUGAGUAUGGCGACAGAUAUGAACUGAUGCCCAAGGAUCGACCAGUGCCUAUUUGGCUGUGUGUCUUUCUCGUUGUCAGCUAUAUUCUGGGCGGUGCGGCGCUCUUUGCCUUCUGGGAGAACUGGUCCUUCCUGGACUCCGCCUACUUCUGCUUCAUCACGCUAACCACAAUUGGCUUUGGCGAUUUUGUGCCCGCCAAGGGUGUCAAGGACGAAUCGGAGCAGUCUAUUGCCUACUGUUCCUUGUAUCUGCUCUUUGGCAUUGCCUUGCUCGCUAUGAGUUUCAAUCUAGUGCAGGAGGAGUUCAUAGCCAAUGUGAAAGAGGUGGCAAGACGCCUGGGCAUACUCAAGGAUGAUGAGGAGGACCAAGACGACUGAUGGCGUCCUCAAAUGUUUAAAACAAUUAACCAUUUUAUAUUUACGUAUCUUAAGUAUUUAAAAUGAUUGGCUAAAUAGAUUAGGGUUUGAAUAUUAUAAAUAAAAUACAGGAAAUACUUA